AUGAGAGAGCAUGCUGAGAAUAGAUCCGUGGCCCCAGUGCGCAGCGAGCGGUCUGGAAUCCCAGCCUGCCCCUGUGGAUCGAGCCAGGGAGAUUCUGGAGAGUGUGCUAACUUUGUGCGUCUGAUUGAACCGUGGAACAGGACUCACCUGUACACCUGCGGCACAGGAGCUUAUAAACCCAUCUGCACCUUCAUCAACAGAGGCUGGAGAGCUGAGGAAUACCUUUUCCGGCUGGUUCCUGGUUAUGUGGACUCUGGAAAAGGAAAGUCUCCUUACGAUCCCCACCAGGAGAAUGCAGCAGUUCUGAUCAAUGGGAACCUGUAUGCUGGGGUACAUGUGGACUUUAUGGGUACAGAUCCAGCCAUCUUCAGAACCUUGGGAGACCGUCCCGCUGUCAGAACAGAACAGUAUGACUCCCGAUGGCUGAAUGAGCCUGUGUUUAUAAAAAUCCAGAAGAUUCCAGACAGUGCCGAGAAGAAUGAUGAUAAGCUUUACUUCUUCUUUCGGGAGAAGAGUUUAGAUGCUUCGGGGGGCAGUACUCCGAGCGUCCUCGCGAGAGUAGGCCGAGUCUGUCUGAAUGAUGAUGGAGGUCAAAGGUCAUUGGUCAACAAGUGGACGACGUUCCUUAAAGCACGACUGGUCUGUUCUGUGAUUGGUGCAGAUGGUGUUGAGACUUACUUUGAUGAACUGAGGGAUGUUUUCAUCCAGAGGACCCAUGAUGAACGGAACCCCAUCGUGUAUGCUGUGUUCUCCACUGCUGGCUCUGUGUUUAAAGGCUCUGCCGUGUGUGUGUACUCAAUGGCAGACAUCAGAAAUGUCUUUAAUGGACCCUUCUCUCACAAACAUGGUCACAACUACCAGUGGACACCUUAUACUGGCAAAAUUCCUUACCCUCGCCCGGGGACUUGUCCUGGAGGAACCUUCACCCCUGAUCUCCACACCACUAAAGCCUUCUCUGACGAGGCUGUAAACUUCGUACGUGCACAUCCGCUGAUGUAUCAGCCUAUAUAUCCGAUACACAAGCGCCCUCUGGUGGUCAGAACUGGCGUUGACUACCGUUUCACCACUAUUGCUGUGGACCUGGUGGAUGCUGUGGAUGGAAGAUACGAGGUGCUCUUCCUGGGCACAGAUCGUGGAACAGUCCAGAAGGUGAUUGUCUUACCAAAAGACAUCAGCACAACAGAAGAGCUCAUUUUGGAAGAGGUUGAGGUUUUUAAGACUCCUGCUGCUGUCAAAACUCUGAAGAUUUCUUCUAAAAGGCAACAGUUGUACGUGUCUUCAGAAAGGGGUCUUACCCAGGUGUCCCUGCACAGGUGUGCCGUUUAUGGCAAGGCCUGUUCGGACUGCUGCCUGGCCCGCGACCCCUACUGUGCCUGGGAUGGAGAACACUGCUCUGCUUUCACCCCGGCUACCAAGAGGAGAAGCAGAAGGCAAGAUAUCAAACACGGAGAUCCUCUACGGCAAUGCAGAGGAUUCAACGCAAAAGUAGAGAAGCGUCUGAGGGAGACUGUGCAGUUUGGGGUUGAAGGGACCAGCACGUUCCUGGAGUGCCAGCCAAGAUCCCCGCAGGCCACCGUCAAAUGGCUCUACCAGAAGGACGGCAAGCGAAAAGCACUCAGUCGAGACAAAGAUGUCUUGAAGACCGGUCAUGGCAUCCUGCUGAAAUCUCUCACCCAAUCAGAUGGCGGCCUUUACCACUGCCUGGCAACCGAGAACAACUUCAAACACACCGUGGCACGCAUCUCCCUACGGAUCCUGGACCGGGAAAUAGUGGAGGCGCUGACUGAGUCAGAUGUCCCGAUAGAACCAGAGCACCGCCGCCACCAUUCGCAUCACCACCCUCCACCGCCGCCCCCUCCCCCUCAAUCCCACCCACCUGCUCUCCAGCUCCACCCACAGCCUGAGGUGCGUCUCAUCAACCAGUACUGCCAGUCCUACAGGCAGCAGAUACAAAGCCAGCCACACAAAGCCAAACGAAACAACCGCAGGCACACGGGAGAACAGGAAGAGGAUGAGCUACAAGAGCAGUGAGUGGAACAGCACCUGGGACCCUGUUGACCAUGUCCCGUCCAUGUGCCCCAUCAUUAUGUACUUCCUCUAGACAAACUCGGUCCAUUUAAUAAAAUGAUUCAUUAGUUUAGACUGAUUCAUUCGAUGUGUCAGACUGAGUCUGAACUAGAUUGAUUUUCAUUUUGAGGUACAGUUUGAUGCACUUAGCUCCCCUAACUAAUCUAAAUCUGGCUGUGAUGUGCUCACUUCCAUAGCUAGCAUUAAACCACUCAGUUUUCUAUUAUUAUAAUUCCUUAAAACAUCCUACCACACCAGCAAAACUACUGCUGUUUUAUGUAAAACAUAAGCUAUUCCAUUCUAAUAUUCAGUACACCAAUGACUGCAGUAUAAAUAUUAUCAGAAACAUUUGAAAACAUGUGCGUUGUAUAGGUUUUAAAAGGUGUUUUGGGCAAAAUGUAAAGAUCACUGAUUCAGUCAGUCAUCUCUAAAUCCCCAGAUCAUGAAAUACAGUAGAUGGUUGGAUUUAUGUUUCUGCAAGGCUACAAUUAUAGCACAAUAUAUCUUACCAUCAUUUUGACCACCAAAGUUUUUUUUCUUUUCUUGGCAUUUGCAGUUUUUUAUAGAGUUUUCUGUAAUUAAAGUCCUUUGAAGAAUAGGUCAAUUUGUAUGGACAACUAGGA